AUGGAAUUCAUCGACUUGAUUGAAGCGCACCAGAGCGGCGUUGCGGCUGAGCGCCUGCACAUAGUCAUUGAUCUGACGCAGGAUGACGAGAUUUCUUACGUACCCGGCGGUGCGUCUCCGAACAGAAGCAGAGCGGCGCCUGCUGGCACGACUUGUGUUGCGCCGUCUGUUAUCAACGAAGACGCCGCAGUAUCUGCCCUGCACACCCUCGAAAACCUAGACAGCGAAGAAAGAGAGUCUUCAAUGUUGAAUGCCCCGUCUGCUUAG